GGGGAGCAUUUCAGAUUUCAUCAGUGUUGCCUUCAGCUGAAGUCUGAACACUGACUUGAAGAAGCCAUGAUGAAGAUUCCUUGUCUCUUUGCGAUCGUCUUCGCCUUCUGGCUUUGCGGACACAUCGCAGAAGGUAAUUUAAUCCGUAAGAGUGUGGAAACACUAACAGAAGAUGAAGUUCUCAACCUACAGGUAGCUCUCCGUGCCAUGCAGGAUGAUGCAUCUCCAACUGGUUACCAGGCCAUCGCAGCCUACCAUGGUGAGCCAGCUGACUGUAAGGCACCAGAUGGAAGUACUGUGGUCUGUUGCUUGCAUGGUAUGCCAACGUUCCCUCUUUGGCAUAGAUUGUACCUUGUACAGUUUGAGCAAGCAAUGGCAACUCAUGGUUCCACACUUGGUGUUCCUUACUGGGAUUGGACUCAACCAGUGGAUCAUCUUCCUGAGCUCGUUAGCCAUCCUCUUUUUAUGGAUCCCUCUUCUCACAAGGCUAAAAAGAACGUCUUCUACUCAGGCGAUAUCGCAUUUGAGCAGAAGGUCACUGCUAGAGCCGUUGAUACAAGAUUGUUCCAAUCUUCAAAGGGAGGAAAGAACUUCUUAUUAGAUGGUAUUCUCUUAGCUUUAGAGCAAGAAGACUAUUGCCAUUUCGAAGUUCAGUUUGAAGUUGCUCAUAAUCCAAUCCACUAUCUCGUUGGUGGUCGCUUUGCACAUUCAAUGUCUAGUUUGGAGUAUACUUCAUACGAUCCACUCUUCUUCUUGCAUCAUUCGAACGUUGAACGUCUGUUUGUUAUUUGGCAAGCUCUGCAGAAGCAUAGAGGUCUUGACGGUAGUGCCAACUGUGGCUUGAACAUGUUCCAUAAGCCAAUGGAACCGUUUGGUCGUGACACCAAUCCUAUUAGUCUUACUAAAGACCACGCCAAGGCUGUUGAUUUGUUUGACUACAACGAAUUAGGAUAUGAUUAUGAUGAUCUUCACCUCAAUGGAAUGGAUAUUCCACAGCUAGAUACGCUCAUGAAAGAACACCAACAGCACCCGAGAGCAUUUGCUAAUUUCAGAUUAGGAGGUAUCAAGACCUCUGCCAACGUUCGAGUCGCAGUUUGUAUUCCAACCGAUGACAAAAGACACAGCGAUAACUGCAACAAUCAUGUCGGUUCUUUCUUUAUUCUUGGUGGUGUACAUGAGAUGACCUGGAACUUCGGUUAUCCCUUCCUCUUUGAGAUUACAGAUGUUGUCAAAUCUCUCGGUGUUCCUUUGGAUGGCAACUAUUACAUUCAUGCUGAUGUUACUGCAAUUAAUGGCACUCUCUUACCCGAUGGCACAAUCCCAAGACCGACUGUCACAUAUAUUCCAGCUCAUGACUUUAAAGAUGCUGAUAUGGCACCAGUAGAUAAAACUAGUUUAACCGUCCGUAAAGAUCUUCGCAGUUUAACGACAGAGGAAGAGCAUGAACUGAGAGUUGCCAUGGAACGUUUCAUGGAUGAUAAAUCCAUUGACGGUUACCAAGCCUUAGCUGAAUUCCAUGGUCUUCCAGCGAAAUGUCCAGAACCUGAUGCUAUCAACCGUGUUGCAUGCUGUGUUCAUGGAAUGUCCACUUUCCCACACUGGCACAGACUUGUUGUCAUGCAGUUUGAAGAUGCUCUUAUUGCUCGUGGAUCCCAGAUAGGUGUUCCUUAUUGGGACUGGACGAAACCUAGCUCAGAAUUGCCACAUCUGGUUGCUGCUGAAACAUAUGAAGAUCCUUACACAAAAGAAGUAAAACCAAAUCCCUUCUUCCAUGCACCAGUCGAGUUUUUGCACAAUGAUGUCUUUACUAAAAGAAGCGUUGAUGCAAGAUUGUUUGAGAAACCAACAAAAGGACAUCACGGAUAUCUCUAUGACGGUAUGAUGUUAGCCUUCGAAGAAGAAGAUUUCUGUGAUUUCGAAGUGCAGUUCGAAGUUACCCAUAAUGCAAUUCAUGCUUGGGUUGGUGGCAAUGAACCUUAUUCUAUGUCGUCUUUGCAUUACACGUCAUUUGAUCCCCUCUUCUGGCUACAUCACUCACAAGUUGAUAGAUUGUGGGCAGUAUGGCAAGCAUUGCAGAUCCAUCGUGGAAAACCCUACAAACCAUACUGCGCUCUUUCAGAGGUCCAUCGUCCUUUGAAACCAUUUGCCUUUGAACCACCACUGAAUAACAACAAACAUACAUAUCGCCACGCAGUACCAACAGAGGUUUAUGAUUAUCAGUCAGACCUUCAUUACACUUAUGAUACGCUCUUCUUCGGAGGAAUGUCCGUUAGAGAGCUUCAGAGACAUAUCGAAGAAGACAAGGCUAAAGAUCGUGUGUUCGUUGGCUUCCUUUUGAUGGGUAUCAAAACAUCAGCAAAUGUUGACAUCACUGUCGAUAGUGCAGGUAACACAUACAAUGCUGGAUCAAUAACAAUCCUUGGAGGCAGCAAAGAGAUGGAAUGGAGAUUUGAUCGACUUUACAAGUAUGAAAUUACUGGAGCACUAGCUGAACUUGGUGUAGAUAUGCGCGCUGAUUAUAGCAUAACCUUACAAAUUACCGAUAUCAAUGGAACAGCUCUUCCAUCCACCGCAAUUCCAGAUCCAAUUGUGAUAUUCACUCCAGGAAAAAAGGAAUCAGACGUUGUCUUUGACGAAUUAUAUCGUUCCAGACGAGACGUUUCUUCAUUGACCCAUGCAGAUAUGAAUACACUGAGGAAGGCUUUACAAGCUUACGAAGACGAUAAAAGUCCCAAUGGAUAUCAGCAAGUAGCUGCUUUCCACGGUUCCACACAAUGGUGUCCUAGCCCUGAUGCUGCAGUCAAAUAUGCUUGCUGUCACCACGGAAUGGCAACAUUCCCUCAUUGGCAUAGAUUGCUGACAAUCAACUUUGAAAACGGUCUGCGAAGAAAUGGUUAUCAAAAUGGUAUUCCUUACUGGGAUUGGACUCGCCCGAUUUCGGAACUGCCUGCUCUGGUAAAAGAAGAAACAUAUCUUGAUGAAAAUGGGGAAGCUCACCCGAAUCCAUUCUUUAGUGGCGUUAUUGAUGAAGCUGGUGCUCAAACCACCCGAGCUCUUAAUCCAGAGCUAUUUGUUCAACCUCCUUUCGGAGAAUUCACUCCCUUGGCAAAUGAAGUUAUGUACGCUUUAGAACAAGAAGACUUUUGUUCGUUCGAAGUACAAUUCGAAAUUGCUCAUAAUCACAUCCAUGCACUUGUUGGAGGUGGAGAACAGUAUUCUAUGUCAUCACUUGAAUACACAGCCUACGAUCCUCUUUUCAUACUUCACCAUUCAAAUGUUGAUAGAGUUUGGGCCAUUUGGCAAGCUCUGCAAAAGUUCCGAGGACAUCGAUACAACAGUGCUAACUGUGCUAUUGAAACUCUACGUAAACCAAUGUCUCCUUUUAGUCUCACCAGUGACAUCAAUGUUGAUUCAAUGACUCGAGAACAUUCAGUUCCUUUUGAUGUGUUUGAUUACAAGAAGAAUUUCCAUUACGAAUAUGAUGUUCUUGAAUUGAAUGGAUUAUCUAUUCCAAAGUUACACAGAGAAAUUAACAGACGUCGUAUGAAGGGUCGCGUUUUCGCUACUUUCAUGCUCGAAGGUAUUAAACAGUCUGCAUUAGUUGAAUACUAUAUCAGGGCUCAUGGUGCUACUGAUCAGGUGAAAGCUGGAGAAUUUUAUGUUCUGGGUAGUGCUAACGAAAUGCCUUGGAAAUUUGACCGAGUUUACAAAGCUGAUAUCACGAAGCAGAUGAAGGAAGCACAUCUACAUUAUAACGACCAAUAUCACAUCGAAUAUCACGUGAAAGACUUGGCUGGAGCUGAAAUAGCCGAUGUUAAUCUUGAACCUGCAAUUGUCUACGAACCAGGUCUUGGUGAUUUCGGCGAGGUGGGUGUAUGGGUUGAACCUGUAACCAGUGCAAACCGAAUUAGAAAGAAUCUCAACAGUCUUACUACCGGCCAUAUCGAAUCACUGAGAAAUGCUUUCAAAGAUAUGAAAAAUGAUGGUAGAUACGAAGAAAUUGCCGCAUUCCACGGAUUGCCGGCUCAGUGUCCUAACAAAGAUGGUAGUAAAGUAUAUACAUGUUGUAUACAUGGAAUGCCAACUUUUCCACACUGGCAUAGAUUAUAUGUUGCUCUAGUAGAGAACGAAUUAUUAGCCAGAGGUUCCGGUGUAGCUGUACCUUAUUGGGAUUGGAUACAACCAUUUGAUCAUCUUCCAGCUUUGGUCAAUGAAGCCACUUACUACAAUUCAAGAACGCUUCACAUCGAACCAAAUCCAUUCUUUAAAGGAAAGAUUUCUUUCUUAAAUUCGGAAACCAAUCGAGAUCCACAACCUAAAUUAUUUGGUAACAAAUACCUUUACGAACACACACUUUUCGUCUUGGAACAGACUGACUUCUGUGAGUUUGAAGUCCAGUUUGAAGUACUUCACAAUACUAUCCACUCGUGGCUCGGUGGCCGUGAUCCUCACUCUAUGUCGUCGCUGGAUUUUACAGCUUAUGAUCCAAUCUUCUUCCUUCAUCAUAGUAAUAUUGAUAGGAUAUGGGCAAUUUGGCAAGAAUUACAACGUUACCGAAAGCUACCUUACAAUGAAGCUAAUUGCGCAUUGCCUCUGCUUAAUGUACCUAUGCGACCAUUCAGUAACACUACUGCAAAUCAUGAUCGGAUUACACUCACUCAUAGCACUCCAAAUGAUGUCUUUGACUAUCAAAAUGUUUUACACUACAAAUAUGACACUUUGUCCUUCUUUGAUCUCACUAUUACCCAGUUGGAACAUCUUAUUGAAGAGAGAAAGGCUCAUGACAGGAUUUUUGCUGGAUUCUUGCUUCAUGGUGUCAAAGCUUCGGCUGACGUACACAUAUACAUUUGUGUACCUACUUCUAAGCAUGAAGAAAACUGUGCUCACGAAGCUGGUGUCUUCUCUGUCUUGGGAGGAGAGUCCGAAAUGCCAUGGCAAUUUGACCGUUCCUUCCGAUAUGAAAUAACAGAUCAGCUGAAGUUGUUAGGUCUCAACCAAAACAGCCAUUUCCGUGUUAAAACUGAAGUCAUAGCUGUCAAUGGAUCAUCAAUCCAUGCUAACAUUUUCCCAAAUCCAACUAUUAUUUAUGUUCCAAAACAAGGUCAUUUAGCUGACUUCAAACAUGAAGAAAGCAAUGGAAAUCUUGUACGAAAGAAUGUUGAACGACUCUCUUUGUCUGAGAUGAAUUCAUUGGUACAUGCUCUCAAAAGAAUGCAGAAAGACAAGUCAUCUGACGGUUUUGAAGCAAUCGCAUCAUUCCAUGCUCUGCCUCCUCUUUGCCCAAAUCCGACUGCCAAACAUAGACACGCUUGUUGUCUUCAUGGUAUGGCUACGUUCCCUCACUGGCACAGGCUCUUCGUCGUUCAGUUUGAACAAGCUUUACAUAGACAUGGAGCUACAGUUGGUGUUCCUUAUUGGGAUUGGACCCGUCCUAUUUCAGAGAUUCCUGCUUUCAUAGCCUCUGAGAUGUAUUCUGACCCUUUCACUAAGAUAGAAUCGCAUAACCCAUUUAAUCAUGGUCAUAUUUCUUUCAUCAGUGAAGACACUAUGACUAAACGUGAGGUCAGCGAAUAUUUGUACGAACAUCCUGUAUUGGGAAAACAGACAUGGCUCUUUGAUAACAUCGCUUUAGCUUUGGAACAGACUGAUUAUUGUGAUUUCGAAAUACAAUUAGAGAUUGUUCACAAUGCCAUUCACUCUUGGAUCGGUGGAAAAGAAGAACUUUCCUUGAACCAUUUGCAUUAUGCAGCCUAUGAUCCAUUAUUUUUCCUACAUCAUUCUAAUGUCGAUAGAUUGUGGGUUAUUUGGCAAGAACUGCAGAAGCUGAGAGGUCUCAGUGCCUAUGAAUCUCAUUGUGCUCUUGAGCUUAUGAAAGUCCCAUUGAAACCGUUCUCCUUCGGAGCCCCUUACAAUUUGAAUGCACUCACCACUAAAUUGUCCAAACCUGAAGACAUGUUCAGAUACAAAGACAACUUCCAUUAUGAAUACGACAUCCUAGAUACUAACAGUAUGUCUAUUAAUCAGAUAGAGGCAUAUAUCAGACACCAAAGAGAACACGAUCGUGUUUUUGCUGGUUUUUUGUUGAGUGGAUUUGGUUCAUCAGCAUAUGCAACAUUUGAGAUCUGCGUUGAAGAAGGAGAAUGUCACGAAGGAAGUCACUUUGCUGUGCUUGGAGGCAGUACAGAAAUGCCAUGGGCCUUUGACCGUCUCUAUAAGAUAGAAAUUACUGAUGUUCUUGCUAAUAAUAAUUUAGCUUUCGAUUCACCUUUCACAAUUAAGACGAAAAUAGUUGCUCAAAAUGGAACCGAAUUGCCAGCAGGCAUUCUUCCUGAAGCAACUGUAGUAAGGAUCCCACCAGCCAAGAAAGACAUUGAUGUUGACAUUCCACUAAAUCAUAUCCGACGAAAUGUUGAUUCUUUGGACGAAAGAGAUAUCCAGAAUCUUAUGGCAGCACUUACACGUGUUAAGGAAGACAAAAGUGACCAUGGAUUCCAGACUAUCGCUGGUUAUCAUGGUUCAACGAUGUGUCCUAGUCCAGAUGACCCAAAAUAUGCCUGUUGCCUACAUGGAAUGCCAGUCUUCCCACAUUGGCAUCGUGUUUAUUUGUUACAUUUUGAAGAUUCUAUGCGCCGACAUGGCUCCAGUGUUGCCACUCCUUAUUGGGACUGGACAGAUAAGCUUACGAAACUGCCCAGACUUUUAGGAGAUCCUGACUACUAUGAUGCUUGGACUGAUAACGUAAUCGAGAAUCCUUUCCUUAGAGGCUACAUUGAACAUGAAGACACCUACACAGUCAGAGACAUAAGACCGGAACUAUUUGAAAUCAGUGGAGGAGAGGGAUCUACACUUUACAGACAAGUACUUCUCAUGCUUGAACAAGAAGACUAUUGCGACUUCGAAGUGCAAUUUGAAGUUGUUCAUAACUCUAUUCACUAUCUUGUUGGUGGUCACCAGAAAUAUGCCAUGUCCAGUUUGGUUUAUAGUUCCUUUGAUCCUCUCUUCUACAUUCAUCAUUCAAUGGUUGAUCGUCUCUGGGCUAUUUGGCAAGCUCUCCAGGAACACAGAAAAUUACCUUAUGAUAAAGCUUACUGUGCCCUAGAGCAACUGUCAUUCCCGAUGAAGCCGUUUUCUUGGGAAACCAACCCGAAUCUACAUACACGAGCUGCAGCAACACCACAGCAUCUAUUUAACUACCAUAAACUUGGUUAUAAAUAUGAUAAUCUUGACUUCCAUGGAAUGGAUAUUGAUCAGUUGGAGAAGACUAUUCAUAAACGCCAGAGCACAGACAGAGUUUUUGCUUCAUUCUUACUUUUUGGCAUCAAAACUUCAGCUGAUGUCCAUUUGAAACUCUGCAAAGACACAACUUGUGAAGACGCUGGUGUGGUCUUUGUACUUGGUGGCGACAAUGAAAUGCCAUGGCAUUUUGAUAGAACAUACAAGAUGGAUAUUACUCAUGUUAUCCAUAAAAUGCAUAUUCCUCUGGAAGACCUGUACGUUCACGGAAGCACUAUUCACCUUGAAGUUGUAAUUGAAACAGUUGAUGGAAAAGUAUUAGAUUCCAGUUCUUUACCUGCUCCUACAAUGAUAUAUGUCCCAGCUAAAGAUUUCGAAGAAGAGGAACGGAAGCAAGUCGUGAAAGGUACCCUAAUGAGAAAGAAUGUCAAUAGUUUGACUCCAUCUGACAUCAAAGACCUAAGAGACGCCUUAGCUAAAGUACAAGCUGACUCUUCUGACAAUGGUUACCAGAAAAUUGCUUCUUAUCACGGAAUGCCUCUCAGUUGUCAUUAUCCCAACGGCACAGCUUACGCAUGUUGUCAACAUGGAAUGGUAACUUUCCCUCACUGGCAUAGAUUGUUAGUUAAACAAAUGGAAGACGCUUUAAUUGCUCAUGGUUCUCACACUGGUAUUCCCUACUGGGACUGGACAACUACUUUCGCUCAUUUACCUGUACUGGUCACUGAGGAGAAAAAUAACCCCUUCCACCAUGCUCAUAUCGAUGUUGCUAAUAAAGAUACAACCAGAGCACCGAGAGCUCAACUUUUUGAUGAUCCAGAAAAAGGAGAUAAAUCAUUCUUCUACCGCCAGAUAGCACUUGCUCUGGAACAAACAGAUUUCUGUGAUUUUGAAGUCCAAUUCGAAAUCGGCCAUAAUGCUAUCCAUUCUUGGGUUGGAGGUAGUACUCCAUAUGGUAUGUCAACCCUUCACUAUACUUCCUAUGAUCCUCUCUUCUACCUUCAUCACUCCAAUACUGACCGUAUUUGGGCUGUAUGGCAAGCAUUACAGAAGUAUCGAGGAUUGCCUUACAAUUCUGCCAACUGUGAAAUCAACAAACUUGCUAAGCCACUGAAGCCGUUCAACUUGGAUAGCAAUCAUAACGCUGUUACAAAGGCUCAUUCAACUGGCAAUAAAGCUUUCGAUUACCAUGAACUUGGUUAUGAUUAUGACAAUCUUAAUUUCCAUGGUAUGACCAUUCCUGAAUUGGAAGAACACCUUAAAGAAAUACAACAUGAAGACAGAGUAUUUGCUGGUUUCUUACUUCGUACCAUUGGUCAAUCUGCUGAUGUCAAUUUCGACAUCUGCACCAAAAAUGGCGAAUGUACAUUUGGAGGUACGUUCUGUAUUCUCGGUGGAGAACAUGAGAUGUUCUGGGCAUUUGACCGUCUUUUUAAAUAUGAUAUCACCUCAAGUCUGAAUAAACUACGUUUACAUGCUCAUGAUGAUUUCGAAAUAAAGGUUACUAUUAAAGCUAUCGAUGGUCAUACCUUACCAAAUAAGUACCUCACUCCUCCCACGAUUUUCUUUGUUCCGGCUAAAUAAUAUUAUUAAGUGAUGUAAUCAUUCAUAUGAUUUAGUAAAUCUGUACAUUUUUUCUCAUUGAUAAUGAAGAAUUUCUUUUUAGUUACUUUGUACAUUUUCAAUCAAUAAAUGAUAUAUCCAGCGAA